AUGACUUCGACGAAUCCUAACAUAUCUGAAGAGUCUGAAACGAUAAGUGACGAUGAAUCUUGUGUUUUACCUGCCGACACAAUGCUUAUUUUGCAGCAGUUUUUAGAGGAAAAAGCACUAAAAGAUCGUUCUACGGAGAUAGACGCAGAAUCAGCCGAAUGUUUCGAAGAAAAUUGGCAACUUAGCCAAUUUUGGUACAACGAAGCUACAAAACAAAAAGUUGCUUUUAUUGUAAAAAGUUUGCAGGAAGCUAGCGGAUCAAGUACAUACAAAGUAGCUUUAUUGUCCGUGCCAUCAGUGUUUAAGCAUGUUUCACGUGAAAACCAUGAUGUUAUAUUGUUUGAAUACGACGAACGGUUUGCAUGUUACGGAGAUCGAUUCCAUCAAUACGACUACAACAAAGCUGAUGAACCCGGUUACAUGGAUAUGUUUGGCAACCACUUUGAUUUAGUGAUUGCCGAUCCUCCAUUUUUAUCAGAGGAAUGCAUUGAAAAAGUCGGCAAAAUUAUCAAAAAAAUAUUGAAACAGAAUGGAAAAAUAAUCCUCUGCUCUGGCUCCGUUGUUCAGCACUGGGCGAUGGAACAUAUGGGCGUAAGUCUGUGUCAAUUGAAGCCAGAACACGAACGCAAUUUAGGUAAUGAAUUUCGUUCAUACGCAAAUUUUGAUUUAGAUAGCUUCUUUAAUAAAGAAAAAUAA